CGGAAAUGGGUUGGUGCUGGUUACUAAUGGCGGAGCUGAGCCGGAAGCAGCUAAGGGCUCACAGCUAGGCUAUCCGCACCGUCCUCUUCUUCCAGCUUAAAACUAAAUUAUUGAAAGUGAUAACAUUCAUCUCGCUGGCGGAGAGCAGCUUGACUGUCCUCCUCAACUGGAUCACUUCACUGUGUGUGUGUGUGUGUGUGUGUGUGUGUGUGUGCGCGUGCGCGCGCGCGCGUGUGUCUCGUCGGACGUCCUCUUGUCUCUGGGUGGGUGAGACCGGCUCCGCGCCGGCCCCCUGUAGAUGAAGAUGUCCCUGGCCCAGCGUGUGCUCCUCUCGUGGAUCUUCGCCCUGAUCUUCCUCAUCAUGCUGGUCCUCAAGCUGGACUCCAAGAUCGACUGGAACUGGUUUCUCGUCUUCCUCCCCGUCUGGACUUUCGACACCAUCCUGGUCCUAAUGCUGACGGUGAAGAUGGCGGGCCGCUGCAAGCCGGACCCGGACCCCCGCGAGGGCGAGCAGAGCGUGAGGAGGCGGCUGUGGUACCUGACAGCUCUGCUGCUGAAGCUGGCCUUCUGCCUGACGCUGUGCUGCCGCCUGCAGAGGCUCACUGAGAUGUGGGUCAGCGUGGUGUGCGUCCCUCUGUGGGUGCUGCUGGGUGGGGCGCUGGUGGACCUCGGACACAGCGUUUUCCACUACAGGAGGGAAUGAGACCAGAGGACACGGAGUCCACGAGACGUCGCGCUCGGGUAGCUCUCGCUUUGGGAUGCACCCUUCUGGCCUCCUGGAUUGGUGUCCGGUCCGCUGCCGGUCUCAUGUGGGUCGGUAAGACGGGGACGGACCUACAUUUAAUACGGUGUCUCUGUCAACGUCCCCGUGGAAUUCACUGUCUGCUUGAAGUUGCGUUUAAAUCACUGUAGGUCGCAGACCGAGUGAAGUCGACGGGUUGGAGCCCAGUUUGGCGUUUUUUUUUAAUUCUCGCCUUCGCGUUGCUGUGGCGUUCACAUUGCCUUCAAGCUCGUCAAGGGCAAUAGAUUAUUUUACGUAAGCUAAACCUGUACUGCCGGGUAAGACUGGGUUUGCCUAUUGUCCUAAAAUCAGUUACUCGUUACACUAAAUGCUGUGUCUUCAGUUCACCUUUUUAAUUGUGGGAUCCUUUUGACACUGGAAGUAAAUGUAUCAACAGUGAAAAUAUCCACUUGGUUACACGAAGCCAUGUUCUGUUUGUGAAAGCAUGUACGUCACUAUGUGAUCAUUUGUGUAAGGAAACUUCUUCCCAUGUGAUGUACAAUCCCAUGUGUCUGUAGCUUUCAGCCCAGGAUGUAACUGCCACGAACACUAAACCAUAACUUCCUCUAACUGUAGAUCAACUAUUGUGACAUCUUAGUUCAUGACAAUCAUUACAAUAGUUUUCACUAUUGGACCUCAAGCCACUUAAGUAGCAAAAAAGACAAAUACUGAAGCUUUAAUAAUCUGAAAUGCAGUAGAGACAUUAACACUUGGUCAAUAUUUUUGAACCAUUUAUUGAGGUUCUCAGAGUAUAAAUCACACUACCAAGUUUUAUCUUAGGAAAUAAAAUGUAUUUACAACAUCAUUUUCACAUAAUUGGUUUCAAAUAAAAACAGACAAAUGAUAUAAAUAAGUUCUAUGGAAAAUAAAACUUGUCUUACAAAAAA